AUGAGGGCCCUAGUAAAAUUCCUUCUAAGUGCCAUGGGUAUCAACUUAGGAGGUUUAAGAAUAAAAUAUAAAAGUAAGGAUGAAACUUUCCUAGAAAAAGAUUUGGUAUCAAAGGAACCUUUUGGACAAUUUGAUGCUUGGUUUAAAGAAGCUGUUAGUAAAAAAGAAAUUUUAGAACCAAAUGUAAUGUGCCUAGCUACAGCUACAAGGAAUGGAUGCCCCUCUGCAAGAUAUAUGUUGUGUAAAGAGUACGGAAAAGAGGGAUUUAAAUUCUUUACAAACUACGGAAGUAGCAAGGCACAGGAUAUGGAAGAGAAUCCGUAUGUGGCAGCCACAUUUUACUGGGUUGUAUUAAAUCGCUCUGUAAGGAUCGAAGGUUAUGUUGAGAAAUUGUCAGAAGAAGAAUCAACAAAGUAUUUCCAAGAAAGACCAAUACCAAAUCAAAUAUCCGCUGCUAGCAGCUGUCAGAGUACACCGAUUGAGUCGAGAGAUGUAUUGCGCGAAAGAGAAAGUAUUUUAGAGAAGGAAUACUUGGUACCGGGAAAGAAAGUUCCGAAACCAUAUUUCUGGGGUGGUUAUAUCAUUCGUCCUACUUCAGUUGAAUUCUGGCAAGGACAGACUAACAGGCUCCAUGAUAGAAUAAGGUUUCGGAGACUACAUGAAGGAGAAGUUGCCGAUGGAAAGUUACUACAUCAGGGUGAAGAUGGUUGGGUCUAUGAGAGACUUUCACCAUAA